GUGCUUUUUGGGUUUAAGGGGGAUUGAGCCGCAAUCGACGACCUUCCCCCGACAGUCUCCCGAGUCAUCGGACUGGGUUGACUUGCUUGUCUCGAUAUUCUGUUGACGGCGGGAACGUCUGCUCGCGGUUUCUCCUGGGGCCCUUUUUCAUCUUCUUUUCUUCUUAAUUCGGUCUCGCCACUUCCCAACGCAAAAGCUCCAUGCGGUCGUCGGCACGGUAGCCACACGUCCGCGCCCUUUGCCAGCAAUGGCAGUCUCUCUCCUCUCUUCCCGUCUCCUAUUGCUGGCAAUAUGUCUCGCCCGGGUCGCAGCUCAAAUUGCCUCGGUGCACGAGGGAUGCAUCCACAUGCCUAUCAUCCAUUCGACAAAUCCUCAGUACUUAGACAAACGUGCUGUCUCCGUCGAGCUGAGCAACCGCUCCGACAUUGCGUACUAUGCAAAGCUCACCAUCGGUAAUCCCGGCCAGUCAGUGUUGGUACAGCUCGACACGGGCUCGUUUGAGCUCUGGGUGAACCCGGAUUGCACAAACCUGUCACCAGCCAACGCCCGCUUUUGCCAGACGGUCGGGUUCUAUGACACCACCAAAUCGUCGACUGCUGUGCCCCUCGGCACAAGUAGGACUCUGAACUACGGCAUCGGAAGUGCCAACAUCAGCUACUUUACCGAUGAUAUUGCUCUUCCUGGUAGCA